GAACCCAGCUGAUCAGCAUGAUCACGGACGUGCAGCUCGCCAUCUUCGCCAACAUUCUGGGCGUGUCACUCUUCUUGCUUGUCGCUCUCUAUCACCACGCGGCCGUCAACAAUCCCAAGAAGCAGGAAUGAGAGUUGCGCUUUCUCUGCCCCCAGGGUUCCAGGACAUAGUCUGAGGCAAGAUGGAGGGUGCGAGGGGCCUUCACACUUCACUUCAUCCCUUCAACCCAUCACAACAUACAAAGCAACUCCACCUGGAUUUUUCCAAACAACUUUUAUUUCCUGAAAGUCUUCCUUAACCCUAUGGAACAAGAAGCUGCCACUGAAUAGGGCCCAGUAUAGGGGCUACUUUCUUUUCUACUCC